AGGUCACAACCGAGCUGGGUGAAGAAAAAGGUCCAAGUAGUACGCAUAAAAAUUAUCUUCCCCCUCCCGUCAGAGUCUCCUUUCUAAUGGAGACGAUUACUCCCUCAUUUUAGCUUUCGAAAACUUAGCUGAAUCUCCCUCCGAAUCAGAGCCUUCAAGUUUGAAAACGCUGCGGUUUAGCGAGAUCUAGAUUUCAGAAUGGAAGAAGAGAAAGGAGAGCUUGUGCAGAGCUUGAUCGAUGCGGUGAACCAAAUAGCUCCUAUCGGAGAUUACAGAUGUGCCGUGAAGAAGGAGUUUUGCAAUCUCUCUAGGAGACUGAAGCUGCUAACGCCAAUGUUCGAGGAGAUUGGAGAGAGCAAAGAGCAAAUCCCUGAAGAAAUUGUUAAAGAGUUGGUCUCGUUGAAAGAAGCUUUGAUUUCGGCUAAGGAGUUGCUCAGACUCGGCAGAGAAGGAAGCAAGAUUUACCUGGUUUUAGAGAGAGAUCAGAUUAUGCGUAAAUUUCAUGAAGUGACAGCUCGGGUGGAGCAAGCUUUGAGUGGAAUUACCUAUGAGGAUCUUGACAUAUCAGAUGAAGUUAAGGAACAGGUGGAGCUUGUUCUAGCUCAGUUCAGGAGAGCUAAAGGAAGGGUUGACGCCGCAGAUGUUGAACUAUAUGAGUAUCUAUUAUCACUCUACAAUAAGAGUAGUGAUGCAGCAGCAGAUCCAGAUGGACUAAGGAGAUUAGUUGAGAAGUUACAAUUGGUCGGGGUAGCUGAACUUACGCAAGAAUCACUAGCUCUACAUGAGAUGGUUUCUGCCAGUGGUGGAGAUUCUGGGGAAACAUUUGAGAAGAUGUCAAACUUAUUAAAUAAAAUCAAGGAUUUUGUACAGACCGAAAACCCUAAUUUGGAUGCUUUUGCGAGGGAAAAGAAUCUUCCUCCUAGUAGUAGUGGUCAAGUGACCACUGAUGGAGAUCACAAGACUCCAGUUAUACCGGAUGAUUUCCGCUGUCCAAUAUCCUUGGAGUUGAUGAAGGAUCCUGUCAUUGUUUCAACAGGGCAGACAUAUGAACGUUCUUGUAUUGAGAAAUGGCUGGAACAAGGUCACGGAACUUGUCCAAAGACGCAACAGACCCUCAGUAGCUGUGCCCUCACGCCCAAUUAUGUACUGCGUAGUCUAAUAGCUCAAUGGUGCGAGGCAAAUGGCAUUGAACCACCCAAAAGACCCAGUAGUUCUCAACCCAAUAAAACCACAUCUGCCUGCUCACCUGCAGAGCGUACCAAGAUUGAAAUUCUUCUCCGUAAGCUUGCAUCCUGUAGUCCUGAAGACCAAAGAAUGGCUGCGGGUGAAAUCCGUCUUCUUGCCAAACGAAAUGCAGAUAACCGUGUGGCCAUUGCUGAAGCUGGGGCCAUACCUCUCCUUGUGGCCCUCCUUUCAACACCUGAUUCACGGACCCAAGAACAUGCUGUAACAGCACUUCUUAACCUUUCCAUUUGUGAAGAUAACAAAGGAAGUAUCAUGUCCUUUGGAGCAGUUCCCGGUAUAGUGCAGGUACUUAAGAAGGGUAGCAUGGAAGCUAGAGAGAAUGCAGCAGCUGCUCUCUUCAGCCUUUCAGUAGUGGAUGAAAAUAAGGUGACAAUUGGUGCCUCGGGAGCAAUUCCUCUGUUAGUGACACUGCUAAGCGAAGGCACACAAAGGGGCAAAAAAGAUGCAGCUACAGCUCUCUUCAAUUUGUGCAUUUACCAAGGGAACAAGGGAAAAGCAGUGAGAGCCGGAGUUGUGCCAACUUUAAUGCGUUUGUUGACAGAACCUGGAGGUGGAAUGGUUGAUGAGGCAUUGGCCAUACUUGCAAUACUCUCUAGCCAUCCAGAGGGUAAGUCUGGCAUAGGAGCAGCAGAGGCAGUGCCAGUUUUGGUAGAUGUUAUCGGUAAUGGAUCUCCAAGGAAUAAAGAGAAUGCAGCUGCAGUUUUGGUUCACCUCUGUGCCGGAGACCAACAACAUUUAGCAGAGGCCCAGGAACUAGGAGUGAUGGGUCCUUUGUUGGACUUGGCACAAAAUGGUACAGAUAGGGGCAAGCGGAAGGCUGCUCAAUUGCUAGAGCGUAUGAGCAGGUUCAUUGAGCAGCAAAAGCUGGGGCAGGCGCAAGCUGAGGCCCAUGCUCAGUCUGAGACUCAACAUCCACAGCCACCCUCUGUGGCAUAUGCCAUUGAUAGAUGAGUUUCGCUUUGCCUUGAUUUUUGUUCCCUUUUUUCACCUUGUUUCAUUUUCUGUAUUGAAGGAGGCGGCUUUGCUUCAGAGAGGAAAGAUCGCCUAUCAAACCUGUAAAUUAUUCAUUUGUUUGCGUGGAAGAAUAUAUUAUUCAUAGAGCCAUUAAAGUUCUGAAAAGAAAGCGAAAGGAAAGAGAAGGGGCCAAGUUGUACUUUGACAUGUAUGUGAACUUGUACUACUAUAAUAUCUGUUACGACUGUAAUCA